AUGGAUCUCUUCAGCAGUCUACCAGAUGAGGUUCUCUGUCAUAUAUUAUCCUUCCUUACCACAAAAGAGGCUGCUUUGGCAUCUGUUGUCUCCAAGAGGUGGCGAAAUCAGUUUGCACUUGUCCCUAAUCUUGACAUUGAUGAAGAGGGGAAGAGGGAAAGAGAAGAAAUUCUGCUGAGCUUCAUGGAUUUUGUGGAUAAUGUAUUGGCAUUGCAGGCUGAUUCUCCCAUUAAGAAGUUUUCCCUCAAGUGUAAAACUGGUGUUCAUCCACGUCGACUUGAUGCGUGGGCUAGACUAGGUCCUGUCUUACCAAUGCUCAAAACUCUCAUUAUUGACUCAGCUUGGAUUCGUUGUGAUACGAUUGAGACGUUUCUUCCUACUUUCCCUGUUCUUGAGGAAUUAUCCAUGUCUAUUAAUGAGUGGCCGGAUUGGGAUGAAACCGUGACAAGUGCAAGCCUCAGGAAGCUAAGUAUCUUUACCAUUGGCUGUGAAAACUUUUCAAAUCCAAAGAGCAUCUCUUUUGAUAUCCCAAGUCUGGUUUACUUUGAGUAUUAUGAUAUGGUUGCGGAGGAUUAUCCAAAAGUUAACUUGACAAGCGUAGUUGAGGCUCGAAUCAGCCUUUUAUUAGAUCAAGAUCAAAUCAAGCGAGGAAGAGCGCCAAAUAACGAUGAGGACGACGUUCUUCUGCGUCUUCGAAAUGGGUGGAAGCUUAUGAGUGGCAUAAGAAAUGUUCAGAAACUUUACAUAUCUUUAGAUACUCUCCAGGUGCUUUCUUUAUGCUGUAAAUCGAUGCCGGUGUUCAACAACCUCAAAUUGUUAAGUGUUAAGACUGCCGAGAAUGAAGGAUGGGAGGGAAUGCCGGUUCUCUUAAGGAACUGCCCACAUUUAGAAACACUGGUCUUUGAGGGUCUAAGACAUUUUGUGACCAAUAAAUGUGGGGAUGCUUGUGACUACGUGUCUAGGGAAGACAAAGGCCGUUCGCUCGUGUCUUGUCCGGUGAAGAAGUUACAGAUCAAAGGGUUUCGAGGAACAAUUAGAGAGUUAGAGAUGAUAAAGCAUUUCUUGUACUCUUUUAGGUGUUUGGAGAAGGUAGAGAUUUAUGCUGAAGAGAAGGGUCGCACUCGCACAGACCUUGAAGUCCCUGGGAUGUUUGAACUUAUUGCGCGGAUGCUCAGACUCUACAACGAGUUCUAUAGUUGCGAUGUUCAGUUCCUGGUGCGUAGUUCCUUGGAUAAGAAGUGGACUGCACAGUGAUUGAAGUCUUCUUGGGAAAAACUUAGCUCAUAGUUUGAUGUCAAAGGCUCUUUUUGAUUCUUGUUAGAAGCUAAAUUAAAACGACACCAUUUCAUUCAGAUAUUUGAUAUAUAUCUGGGACAUCUUC